AUGUGUCCAGUAAUCUCAAGUAACGUAGACCAAGUUAGUUUAUUUGCUGCAGUCACAUUUUUUGCAAGGUGCCAUCCAGUCGAGACUUGUGGCAGCAAUGGUUUGCCUUUAACACCUUAUUCGAUUGCAAUUUUGGGCAGGGCUCAAAUUCUAAAGACAAUAUGUCAUGAGAAUCUCUGUCAAUACUUGGAUAUUGUUAGAGGAAAACACGAAAGGACUAUUAUCGUUGCCCAGUAUUCAGGAAGAACUUUAGCAGAACAUUGUGCUUCAGAAUUACCAAAUAUUUCAAUCAAUUUUAUUACAAAGUUUGCUAAAGGUUUAGUUAAUGGCAUAAAGCAUUUACACAGCUUAGGAAUAACACACAGAAAUUUGAGCCCUGAAAAUAUUCUUAUCGGAGAUAAUAAUGAAAUAAAGCUUUUCAACUACGGCUUGUACUACAUGACUUUAAAUGGAAAAUAUGUAUCGUUUCCUAUUGGAUAUCCUAAGUACAUGGCUCCUGAAGUUUUAUUAGGAGGCCCUCAGGGCGAUAAUUAUGGACCGAAAACCGAUAUUUGGACAAUAGGUUUAAUAAUAUUAGAACUAAGUCUGCAGUGUAUAGUUUGGCCAACUCUUAAACUACCACAGAUAAUGAGAAAAAUUUUAAGUCUUUUGCCAAAUAAAAACAUUCCGGAAAGAAUUGCAAGCGAGCACAAUUUACUAGAAAAAUACCAGAGUUUAGAUAACGAGUUGAAAGUAUUUCUCGAAGCCUGUCUGAAUAUUAAUCCGAAAGAAAGACUUACAGCUGAAGAAUUGUUGAAAUUGAAAUUGUUUGAAGUUGUUGAGGAUCAUAAGACUAUAUCAACUAAAAAAUCCACGGACUUUGUCCAUCCUUUGCUUCGGUGUGAACUUAAACAAAUUUACAGUCUUUGGCAAUUGGCAGGAGGCGAUGUGCAAUUGGAGUUGAAGAAACAAGGACUUUUGAAAAAUAGGCCACCUAUACUAUCAUUGCCAAAUUUGGUUAUGCUCAACGGUAUCACCUACGGUGCGGUUAAAGAUCAAUCGUCCCUGUACGAUCCUAAAGUGGUUCAAAUCCAGUUGACCAAUUUGAUGUCAAGAUUGACACAUGUCAAGUUCACACACUAUUGGCCUUUGUUGCACUGUCCCAAAUAUAAAAAUGACAUAAUAAGAGGAAGUACAGAGUUACCUUUGAUCAUUCGAGAACGCGAUACAGAAUAUCAGUUCCAUCGAAUAAUUUUAUUCAACAGGCUACUAAAGGGUUACCCUUACACAAGAGACAUGCUCCUCUCCGAGUGCUCAAUCGACAUUCCGCCCCUAUAUAGAGGUGAAAUUUGGGCAUGUCUCCUCGGAGUAAACUGUUUGGAGAUCGAACGAGAAAAAUAUGCAUCCAUCGACAAGGAAACUCCAACACAGACCGACAGGCAGAUCGAAGUGGACAUUCCAAGGUGCCAUCAGUACAAUGAAUUAUUAUCAUCCCCUACAGGGCAUGCGAGUCUGAAGAGGAUAUUGAAGGCUUGGGUGCUGAGCAAUCCCCAGUACGUGUAUUGGCAGGGGUUGGAUUCGUUGACUGCGCCGUUUUUGCAUUUGAAUUUCACUGACGAAGCUCUUGCUUACGCAAGUCUCUCAAGAUUCGUGAGCAGGUAUCUUCGCGGAUUUUUCCGCAAGGAUAAUUCCAAGGUGAUUGGGGAAUAUCUUGGAAAAUUUUCCCAACUAACAGCAUACCACGAGCCCAAAUUGGCAGUACAUUUGGCGAACAUUGGAUUUAUUCCAGAGUUGUUCGCUAUUCCUUGGUUUUUGACCAUGUUCUCACAUGUCUUCCCCAUUCACAAAAUCCUGCAUCUCUGGGACAGACUUUUGUUAGGCGACAGCUCCUUCCCUCUUUACAUAGGACUAUCGAUCCUAAAACGUCUCGAAUCAGUCCUGAUGUCAUCAGGAUUCAACGAAUGCAUCCUUUUAUUCUCCGAUCUGCCAGAACAGGACAUAGAAUCCUGUCUGGAGUACUCCACUGGUCUUUACGAGAGCACCCCCAAAAGUAUCACAUGGAGAUGCAACGAGGCUGAUAGGGGAGACCAGGAGAAAUUAGACGAAUUCGAUAUAUCUGAUGUCGAGAUUAAGGAUUUGCAGAAGGAGUUUUGUCCUAGGAUCAGUGCUAAGGAUUUUGUGGGGCUUUUGAGGGAACGGAAUGAGGAGCUGCUGGCUGUUGAUAUACGCAGUUCUAUACAAUUUAGUCGGGCUUGUAUCACCGGCAGCAUUAACAUUCCUUUCACAUCCGUCCAAUUAGACGCCAAAGAUUUGGACGCAUUUGGAGCCCCUGGUGUUGCCAUUCAGAAUCGACUUGGACAGGCCAAUAUUGUCGUUUUAGGCUGCGAAUACGAAAACGUACUAUUGUUUUCCAAAUUUCUAGUCGAAUGUGGUGUGCCAAGAGUUUCGCAUCUGCACGGAGGAUUUAACAUUUUAUAUUCAGUCACGCCAAAUAUAUUACAUGCUGUGCAGGUCCUUUCAACCGCUGCUGCUCUGCACUCUGACUCCUUCACCAGGAAUCUCACCAGAAACAUUUUACCAAAUUUUCUCAAUUCAACUAUCACUGCCCCUGAUGCUAAAAACAUCAUGAGUUUGGAGUACUCAUUCAUGUAA